AUCUUGUCGUAUAUAAAUUGUCUCGAGAAUCGGUUGCCUUCGUUUAUUUUCGGACACUUUCGACAUCCAUAAAAAUAAGAGUUUUUAAGCACGGGCACCGUUUUACUCAUUGGCAAGCUCAGUCUGUUGCUUCAAGUGAUGGAUGCUUAUUGAGCUAGCUAUCGUUUUUAAGCUUUGUUUACUUUUGAGUAAAGAAUUUCUGAAAUUUAACUGAAUUAUUGUGUAAGGUUUUAAAUAACAAAAAUGGUGGGUUCACCCGUGUUCAAAGCAAAAAGGCCUCCCACCCUACAGUCAAUUUUAGAUCAUAAUUUUGUUUUAUUUCCUAUAGUGGUAUUUACGCUACUGGUUUUGAGUAAUGUCGUAAGUUGUAAUGGGAAUAGACUUCAUCUUCUCGAGACGAGGGAGGCCCAUCGGUUAAAUAGUGUUUGGGAAUCACAUUACGGCUCAUUUCUUAAAAAUUAUUAUUCUCCCGAAAGGAAGAUGUCCAGAACACCUUCAAGUGAUGAAGGUAUUUUUUCUAAUGAUUCGCCUUCAGCUCCCGUACCCGGUCCUGACCGCUGCUCAAAUAUAGCCGACAACGAUAAAUUUGAUUGCUUACCUCGAGGACAAGUCAGCGAGGAAGCAUGCACUUCCCGGGGUUGCUGUUAUCGUGAAUCACCUCUUCCACAUAUUCCAUAUUGUUUCUAUCCGAAACAAUACAAUAGUUACAAGUAUACUUCAUUUACGAAAACUGAGUUCGGAUACAAUGCUACCCUCGCUCAGCAGUUUAAAUCACCUUUCCCCAACGAUCUUCCAAAGUUGUUCAUGGAUGUUCAGUUUAUUUCAGAUGAGGCCCUUCUGAUAAAGAUAACAGAUGAAAAAAAUACGAGGUACGAGAGUCCAGUUCCAGAACUUCCAACUGCUCGCAAAGUUCUAGAAGCUCCUCUGUAUAGGUUCUACUUGAACCCUAAUUCAACUGGUUUUAAAAUUAUUAGGAACAGUAACAACCUUACAAUCUUUGAUUCUGAAGAUGUUGGUGGAUUUACAUUUUCUGAUCAAUUCGUACAAUUUUCUGCUAAAAUUCCUACAGAUAACAUUUUUGGUUUGGGAGAUUCGAGGCAUACAUUUAGAGUUGGAACUCAGUGGCGAACAGUUACAAUGCAUAACCAUGACAGAGUUCCAGCGAAUAAUGUUAAUGGAUAUGGAUCCCACCCUGUUUAUAUGGGUUUGGAACCAGAUGGGUUGGCACAUGGAGUUUUUGUCAGUACAUCAUAUUCAAUGGAUGUUGUUCUGCAACCUUCACCUGCUAUAACCUACAGAAUUCUGGGUGGUCCUUUGAUAAUAGGUGUCUUCUUAGGACCUACUCCAUUAGACGUGAAUAGCCAAUAUGUCUCAACAAUCGGAAAGCCUCACCUUCCUCCAUAUUGGUCACUUGGAUUCCACCUCUGCAGAUUUGGAUACAAGUCUCUUGAUAAAAUGGAAAAGAUUUGGAAUCAAACAAGAACUGCUGGAAUACCCUUUGAUACUCAGUGGACAGAUCUUGACUACAUGAAAAAUAGAAAUGACUUUACAAUUGAUGAUGUUGCUUUCAAGAACCUGACCAAAUUUGUUGAUAACCUGCAUGAGGUUGGUAUGCAUUAUGUUAUUCUUAUCGAUCCAGGAGUUAGUGGAGGUGAAGAAAAAGGCAAAUAUCCACCCUUCGAUGAAGGAUUGAAAACUGACAUUUUUGUCAAAGAUCCAAGUGGAAAAAAACCAUUAUAUGGAAAGGUUUGGAAUUCUAAAUCAACUGUUUUUCCUGAUUUUAGUCAUCCUCAAGUUAUAGCUUAUUGGCUUAAGAUGAUAAGAGACUUCCAUUCACAACUGAAAUUUGAUGGAGCAUGGAUUGAUAUGAAUGAGCCGUCAAAUAUGAUUGAUGGAAGCUUAGAUGGCUGUCCGAACAACAUGCUUGAGAAUCCUCCAUAUGUUCCUGCUGUGGAUGGAGCAAAAUUGAAUUAUAAAACCAUUUGCAUGUCUGCCAGGCACCAUGAUGUACAGCAUUAUGCUUUGCAUAACGUCUAUGCUACAUUAGAAGCUGCUGUUACAGCUUUCUCUAUGCUGAACGUAAGAAAUGGUAUGAGACCGUUGGUCAUCUCCCGAGCCAGUUCUCCUGGGCUCGGCCACUAUGCAGGGCAUUGGAGCGGUGAUGUUAUGUCCUCAUGGGAUGACUUGGCUCAAUCUAUUUCAGAUAUGUUUAGUUUUUCACUGUUUGGUAUCCCAUUGAUGGGUGCAGAUAUUUGUGGUUUCAAUGGAAACACAAAUGUUGAAUUGUGUACUCGGUGGCAUCAACUAGGUGCAUUUUAUCCUUUCUCUAGGAACCAUAACACUGAUGAUGCAAUCGAUCAAGACCCUGUUUCAUUGGGAAUACAAGAUGUUGUUGCUAAAGUUUUGUAUCAACGGUAUUUCUUCUUGCCUUAUCUGUACUCUUUGUUUUGGGAAGCUCAUAUCACAGGUGCUCCCGUUGUAAGGCCAACAUUUUACUUAUCACCUGAGGAUCCAACAACGUAUGAUUUGGAAGAACAGUUUCUCUGGGGAGAUGGUCUUCUGAUAUCUCCAGUUUUAAAACAGGGAUUUAGUUUUGUGACACCAUACCUGCCCAAAGGAAAAUGGUACCAUGUGAAUGAGUGGUCCAAAAUGGAGGGUACUGUUUUGUCGGUUACCAGCGCUGGACAGCGCUACUCAAUCCCUUCUCCUCAGUCCAGUUCAGUACCAGUACUUGCUAGAGGUGGAAGGAUAAUACCUUGCCAAAAACCUGCUCAGACUACAACUGCCAGUCGCAAGAAUCCAUUUUGUCUUCUUGUGGCACUGGAUAACUCCAACUCUUCAUCUGGUUCCUUGUACAUUGAUGAUGGUGAAACAUUUGAUGGCAAUUACAAUCUGAUAAACUUCGAAGCCAAAUCCAACCAACUCAACAGUAAAGUAAUUGCAUGGCAAUAUGAUGGAGAUGCACCAUUUACACUUGGACAAGUCACGAUUCUUGGCAACUUUUCACAUAUCAAAAGUGUUGAUGUCCUCGGAAAAUCUCUAAACUUCACUUUCAUACCACCUACUGUUUUGAUCGUUGAAACAGAUUGGAAUUUAAAAAAUAUAUUUACUCUUACAUGGAGCUAA